AUGGUCUCACCUAAGCCGCCGAACUCUACCAAAAAAGAAGAGUAUUAUUUCACCACCAGCUACAAAUGUUGGAACUUCGCCACUCUUAGUUACCGAGCUUCUCUGAAGAAUUUACAGAAGCAGAAAAGCGCCAGCGGUCAGCUUCUGUUUGGUGUUUCUGAACCAGAUAAAAAUUUACCUGUUUCUUCGCGUCAGGCGUACACUGAAUCAGUCAUUGCUGGCCUGUUGGAUGCUCUCGACAUCGAAACGCGUCCUGUGGAGAUACAUAGGAUCGGCAACGCUGUUGAGGGAAAACCCAGGCUUGUAAAGUGCAUACUUCCACCUCGUCGACACUACUUUGAAAUACUAUUGAGAGCGCAAUCAUUGCGCACUUUUUGCUUCCAAUGUAUAAGAAUGUUUCGUGAGGAAAUCGAUGACCAGAGAAAAGCGCGAGAAAGACAAGGAGCUUACGUAUGGCGAGCACGUGAACUCAAUCAAAAGAAGCACAACGGUGAGCGUAUUUACGUUGUUUAUAAAGGAGAGCUUACCAAAGACCGGGCAGCGCGAAAAGGAGGAGGUGUUUGCGUACUCAUUCACAACCUACUGCUUUAUGAAAACAUCUCCUUCAAAUGCAACAACCUAGCCGCUGAUGUGAUAUGCUUUGAUAUCCUUUUGCCUCUAGUCGUAAACAUCGUCUUCUUACUUAUUUACCGCCCACCCAAUUCAAAUAGCGUCCAAGAUGACCUUUUGUUAUCAGUCAUUUAUGACUUGACUUCUGCAACACCUAUUUUCACAGCUGCAUUGGGAGAUCUCAACCUUGUUGAUUAG